CGCGCACUGCCGAUGGCUCCGCCCACCCCAACCGGCCGCGCGCCGCCGCGCCGCCCCCGGGUCCCGUGCCCGCGCCCGCGCCGCCGCCGCCGCGCCUCAGCCCCAGCCUCGGCCUCACCCCGUUGCGGAGGUACCCGGAUCCCGACGCCGAGCCCUGCUCGCGCGCCUGCUGGGCGGACCUGGACGAGCGCGAGGCGUUCUGCGAGAGCGAAUUCGCGGUGAACGGGAUCGUGCACGACGUGGACGUGCUGGGCACGGGCAUCCAGCUGGUGACCCUGCUGGUGGAUCGGGACGGGCUGUACAAGAUGAACCGCCUGUACCUCACCCCCGACGGGUUCUUCUUCCGAGUCCACAUGUUAGCCCUGGACUCCUCCAGCUGCAAUAAGCCGUGUCCAGAGUUUAAACUUGGCAGCAGGUAUAUUGUGAUGGGCCACAUCUACCAUAAGAGACGGCAGCUCCCUGCAGCUCUGCUCCAGGUCCUGAGAGGGCGCCUGCGUCCAGGGGAUGGACUGUUGAGGAGCAGCAGCAGCUAUGUGAAAAGGUUUAACCGAAAAAGGGAAGGGCAAGUUCAAGGUGCAAUUCAUACCCAAUGCAUUUGAAACAACUGUACUGGCAUUUCUGGAUUACAAGAGACUUGGACAUCGGCAACGACAUGAAAGAUCCAUCUUCAUGUAAUGAGUCCACCUUUAGAAGAGAGCCCACAGCUACUCUAUGAAUGACUUGCAUAGUUCCAACUGUAAUCUCCAAGGUGUCACUUUGUUAUUUACAAGAUGCUUCUUAAAUGGGCUGCUUCUGAGCUCAGUGUCAAGGUUAUUCAACUGUAGUGCCAGACAGUGAUUUACGCAGCUCAGACAGAUAAUUGACCUGUCCAGUUAACAGAUCACUGCUUCAUGUUAAGUUUUUAAAUUAUUUUAAUUUAAUACAUUCCUUAGUAGAAAUAGUCCACAAAAACAUACUCUUGAAUUUAAAUAUACAACUUUUAUAUCAUGUAUCAAACCAGAUUUUGUAUUCAAACUAUCACAUUUUAAAUUGUGUACAUAACAGUAAGCGCACUCGUCAAAAGACAUUUAUGUAUGAAAUGUCAUUUAGAUCAAACACAAGGGUCAAAGCCUAGGACAAGUAUUAAAAUUUUACACCUCAAGAGUACUAAAGGGCCAGUGUACAGAUGGGUGGAUUAAAAAAAUAAAUAAAAUUUAAAGAUAGUGCUAAACGGCUUACUUCAGGCAAAAGUGUUCCUGAUGAACCAAAAUGUAAAAUAUAGUUUGUUUUCAUUGCCUCCCUGCUCCUAAUAGUGUAUGUUUUGUGCCAAACUGGCAGCUAUCCCAAUGCGAAAUGUAUUCUGGGUGUAUCUGAUGUCAUUUUUCUAUUAAGACCAAGUGUAAUGUUUGUUCGUAAAGCAAUAAACCUUGCCUUGAAAUCAGA